GGAGGGGACUCGGUCCAGGGACUCGUUUGGGGACCGGAGACCGACGGGAACAGCGGCCCGGGAUCCGCGCUGCUCCCAACAUUCCCGAGCAGGCGCCCCCAUGGCCCGACCCCGCUGAUUCCUUCACUCGGCCAUGCUCCCGCGGCCCCUGCGGCUGCUCUGGGACACGAGCCCCCCCGGGGGAGUCGUGCUGAGCAGCUUCCGGAGCCGAGACCCCGAAGAGGGUGGGGGCCCAGGUGGCCAGGGCGUGGGCGGGGGGCAGGAGGAAGAGGAGGAGGAGGAAGAAGACGAGGCCCCUGUGUCUGUCUGGGAUGAGGAGGAGGAUGGUGCCAUCUUUACUGUCACAAGCCGCCAGUAUCGGCCUCUUGAUCCCCUGCAGGCCCCAACGCCUCCCCCACGUUCCUCUCGAAGGCUCCGAGCUGGCACUCUGGAAGCCCUGGUCAGACACUUGCUGGAUGCUCGGACAUCAGGGGCUGACGUGACCUUCACAUCAGCUCUCCUGGCCACCCACCGGGCCUUCACCUCCACGCCUGCCCUGCUAGGGCUUGUGGCUGACAGGCUGGAAGCUCUUGAAUCUCAUCCUACUGAUGAACUUGAGAGGACAAUAGGGGUAGCCAUCUCUGUACUGUCAACCUGGCUGGCCUCUCACCCUGAGGAUUUUGGCUCUGAGGUCAAGGGUCAACUUGACCGGCUUGAGAGCUUCUUGCUUCGGACAGGGUAUGCAGCAGGGGAGGGUGUUGGGGGGGGCAGCGCUGACCUCAUCCGCAACCUCCGGUCCCGGGUGGACCCCCAAGCCCCCGACCUUCCUAAGCCCCUGGCCCUCCCCGGCGACCCCCCUGCUGACCCCACGGAUGUCCUGGUGUUCCUCGCUGACCACUUGGCCGAACAGCUGACCCUGCUAGAUGCGGAGCUGUUUCUCAAUCUGGUCCCCUCUCAGUGCCUGGGGAGCCUGUGGGGUCAUAGAGACCGGCCAGGACAUUCCCACCUCUGCCCAUCUGUCAGAGCUACUGUCACACAGUUCAACAAGGUGGCAGGGGCAGUGGUCAGCUCUGUCCUGGGAGCCACCUCAACUGGAGAGGGGCCUGGAGAGGUGACCAUUCGGCCACUCCGUCCUCCCCAGAGGGCUCGGCUCCUGGAGAAGUGGAUCCGUGUGGCAGAGGAGUGUCGUCUGCUCCGAAACUUCUCUUCGGUUUAUGCUGUUGUGUCGGCUCUGCAGUCCAGCCCCAUCCACAGGCUUCGAUCAGCCUGGGGGGAAGCAGCCAGGGACAGCCUCAGAGUCUUCUCCAGCCUCUGCCAGAUUUUCUCCGAGGAGGAUAAUUAUUCCCAGAGCCGGGAGCUCCUCUUACAGGAGGUGAAGCUGCAGCCCUCUCUGGAGGCAAAUUCCAAGAAAGCCCCGAAGUCUGGCUCCCGGGGUGGAGGUGUGGUCCCAUAUCUUGGCACCUUCUUGAAGGACCUCGUGAUGCUGGAUGCAGCCUCCAAGGAUGAGCUGGAGAACCGAUACAUCAAUUUUGACAAGCGGAGGAAGGAGUUUGCUGUCCUUUCUGAACUGCGGCGGCUCCAGAACGAAUGUCGUGGCUAUGACCUCCGACCUGACCCCGAUAUCCAGCGGUGGCUGCAGGGGCUCCGGCCACUGACGGAGGCCCAGAGCCACCGAGUGUCGUGUGAGGUGGAGCCACCUGGUACCAGUGACCCUCCUGCCCCACGGGUGCUUCGGCCAACACUGGUCAUCUCACAGUGGACAGAGGUUCUGGGCUCUGUUGGCGGUCCCACACCUCUUGUCUCCUGGGACCGGCCCAGCGUCGGGGGAGAUGAGGUACCUGAAACCCCCGCUCCUCUGCUGACCCGGCUGGCCCAGCACAUGAAGUGGCCGUCUGUCUCAUCUCUGGACUCUGCCCUGGAAAGCACUCCGUCCUUGCACAGUCCGGCUGACCCCAGCCACCUCUCUCCCCCAGCGUCCUCUCCCAGGCCUUCCCGAGGCCAUCGCCGCUCUGCCUCCUGUGGCUCCCCACUCAGUGGGGGUGCAGAGGGGGCCUCCAGGGGGACUGGAUGUGGGGGAGGGGGGCCUGGGCCAGGGGCCUCUGAUUGCCGAAUCAUCCGCGUGCAGAUGGAGCUGGGGGAGGAUGGCAGCGUCUACAAGAGCAUCUUGGUGACAAGCCAGGACAAGGCUCCAAGUGUCAUCAGUCGCGUCCUUAAGAAAAACAAUCGUGAUUCUGCAGUGGCUUCGGAGUAUGAGCUAGUGCAGCUGCUGCCAGGGGAGCGAGAGCUGACCAUCCCCCCCUCCGCUAAUGUCUUCUAUGCUAUGGACGGAGCUUCACAUGAUUUCCUCCUGCGGCAGCGGCGGAGGCCCUCUCUUGCUACACUGAGUCUCACCAGCAGCCCCUCUGCCUCAGGAACUCCCCCAAGCGAGGGAGGUGGGGGUUCUUUUCCCAGGAUCAAGGCCACAGGGAGGAAGAUUGCCCGGGCACUGUUCUGAGGAGGAAGUCCUGCUGGCUCCACAGAACGCAUGGUGGCCAUAGCACAUGUGGGUCGCCAGCUGAAUGGCGGCAGUCCUGUUGCACUGGGAAGAAAUCCAGAAAGGCGGCCUACCACCCUGGGGCAGUGAAGUGCCACUGGUUUACCAGGAGGCUGAGAGAUUCAGCUGUGUGAGAACUGGUAAUCUUGGUAACCAAGUUGGAUACCUGUGUAUAGCUCCCUACUUUCCAUGAAUGCAGCACACAGCUAGUGCUGGAAAAGGAUCCGUUUUUGAUUCCUGGCCACAUCCUAGCAUGCCAAGGGCCAAGGAGAGGCCUACAAGGAGGGGGAGAAGAAAAGCCUAGAGGCUCUGAGCCCUGGGGAGAGGGGAUGGCAAGAAGUAGGUUCUAGUAGGAGUUCUUUUUCCUGCCCUGGGGUUGCCUGUCACUGUGACAACACUAAGAUAAUAAACCAAAACACUACCUAAAUCCUA